AUGCAGAUGUUGCCACGCGCGCUGGAAGUAUGCGGCCGGCGCGCCCUGAGCUGGCAGCGGCGGCAGCCGCGGCUGCAACUGCACCCACUGGCGUACACUGGCACCUAUACAGACGGCUUCACGCCCUUGGACGAUCCACCAAACCAGCGGGAUCUCCUGGAGCGCGCCUUUGAGUUCUGCGGGGCCGCCUGCGGCAGCGCCGCCAGCGUUGCCGUCGCCCGCGCGGCGGACGUGCUGCAGGCCCUGGUGCCGCCCUCGACGCCCCGCAGCAAGGUGGAGACAGCCGUGAAGGGCGCGCUGGCGCUGCUUGUGCUGGCGCUGGUCAAGGGCGUGCUAUCUGUCGUGCUGGUGCUGGGCGUGGUGGUGCUGAUGCUGUACGUCGCGACGCAGCUGUUUGGCUGGGAUGUGUCUCUGGACCGCAACAGGCAGCCCGUCGGCCAGUGGUCCACAGGCAGCGGCGUCUGGCAGCAGCAGCAGCACCACCACCACCACCAACAGCAGCAGCAGGCGCCGCCGCAGCAGCAACCGCAGCAGCAACAGCAUGGACCACAGCACCAGCAGCAGCAGCAGCAGCAUGGGGGGGCGCAGGGUCACCCGCAGCAGCCUCGCUACGGCACGGGACCUUCAGGCCAGGGCUGGCAGCAGCCAUGGCACAGCGCCUCUACGCAGGGCCAUGGCCCGUUGCAGGACGACGUUAUUGACGUGUGGCGCUAA